AUGGGAGGCAAAGAGGCAGGACGACGUGGAGUCAUCGCUGACGGCUGGAGAAGGUGCACGAAUGAUCGAGUAGGAACGAGUGAUAAUGACGAUUUCUACACGACAGAUCUUCUCGCAAAAGCGAUAUCACUCACGUUCGUCAAAUUGCCAGAUUUCAUUCACCGAUUAUACGUAUCAAGUGAUCAUGUCAAUGAACCGCUGGAAGGCAAAAAAGUCACAGUGAAAAGUACCGAUCGUUACCUGGAAAUGUACUUGCCGAAUGCUAUCCGUGUCGAUAUCGAUUCCUUGUAA